CCCCAAUCACCCAUCCGCGGCCACGGGGUAUCACCAUGACGAGAAUCAACAAUAACACCAAAACUCAAGCAUAUGCUCCUGCUCAAGUUUCGGACAUAGGCUCAGAGCCCUUGAGUGGAGCCACUACUGAGUAUAAACGCCAUCCACUGUAUUGGCCCAGUGAAUGGCUUUGGGAAUCAAUCAGUUCUACUCUGGCUCUGGGCCUCCUUAUUGGCAUCGCUAUCAUCUUCUGGUACAUGGACGACAAGCCUCUCUCAGCCUGGCGCGGCCAAGUUUCUCUUAACACGACAAUUGCUAUCUUGACAACUUCAUGCACUGCAGUGUUGAUGCACGGGGUUAGCGCUUUUAUUGGACAGUCUAAAUGGCUUCACUUCAAAGACAGAUCUCGUAAGUUGACUGACUUUGAAGUAUAUGACGAAGCAAGUCGCGGCCCUUGGGGAGCUAUCCAGCUGCUUACCACUGUCAAGUGGAAUCUUGCUACUAUCGGCGCCUUUAUCACAAUCUUGCGACUUGCCUUCGAGCCCUUCACACAACAGGUAGUUUUAAUUGAGCAGCGAGACGUCAUAUCUACCGCAAAAGCUGCAAGCUUUGGAUAUACACACAGUUACAUCCGGAAUACUGAUUUUGACCUUUUCAAUGCCGGUAUUGAGAGUGUCCGGCAGGAUCCUGGUAUGGUGUCCGCCAUUUUCCAGGGCCUAUAUGGCAUCAAUGUCACGGAACCUUUCAUCUGCCCGGGAGCAUGUCGUUGGAAAGAAUCAUACAUAUCACUUGGGUUCAAGGCCAAAUGCAGGGAUGCCACUCAGGAAACUUUGCAGUCAGCCAAAUGUGGUAAAGAUGUUUCCCCGAGGCAAUGCAACAUGACAACACCAGGUGGACUGCACGUGAGAACUCGUGGUGUAGCUACAGAUUCAGCGACAACCUACUACAUGAAUGCAUCGUCACUGCUGAGCACCCGCACAAACUCUGAACUACCAGACACUUUUCCCGAAAUUACGCGUUUUGCAAUCUAUAGAUCAACCGCAGACCAGAAUUUUCGAGUGUACGACGUCAAUAUUACAGAUUGCUCUCUUUACAUCACAGCUUAUGAAUACUCAGAUGCUAAGGCCAAUGGCAGUGAUUUCUUUAUUGCCAAGCGGGAGAUUGAUUUUGGUGUUCAGAAUCCAUGGAGUUUCUCAAACGAAUCAAGAGAAAACUACUUCGAUAACAUGAGCACCAAGAGGUCCAAAAGUGGUAACAUCCAUAUUCCUGCGCUGGAAAUUAGCUAUACCACUCUCAGCGCGGUGGAAGUUUUCUUCGAGUCCACGUCAAUGGCUAGUGAUUGGAUUGCGGGGAACUUCAUCAAUGAGAACAUAGGUGUCAGUGCUGCUCUAUAUGGCGAUGUGGACAUUGGCGACCGGUUCGACAGAAUGGCGACGGCCAUGACAGACCAUCUGCGGUAUGGUCCAAAUAAAAAGACAGCACCUGGAGAGGUUGUUCACCGUGAGCCGUUCGUUUCAAUCCGCUGGGAGUAUUUUGUUGUUCCUAUUUUUAUUGAAGGACUCGCUAUUCUGUUCGCUAUCUUGAGUGUUUUCAGCAACCGCCAGAGUCGCCGUGUUCCCCUGUGGAAGUCCUCGGCGCUUGCUGUACUAGCUUGUCAGUAUGAGGAGCAGCUUGGGCUCCUGAAGACUACGGGCAAAGAUACCAACGAGAUUGAGGCCGAUGCUGAAAAGGCCCAGGCUCAGCUGCAGUAG